CGUACCACUCUACUGGUACACGUACCACUCCACUGGUACACGUACCAGUGGAGUGGUACGUGUACCAGUGGAGUGGUACGUGUACCAGUGGAGUGGUAUUUGUAUCAUUGAAGUGGUACUGCAUUGUUGCUCCGUUAUUGUUUAUCAUUGUUAUGAAAAAUAUCAUUGCACUGGUAUUGUUCUCACUCUAACCUACCUUGUGGAUUGCUCGCACCAGUGGAGUGGUACGUGUACCAGUGGAGUGGUACGUGUACCAGUGGAGUGGUACGUGUAAUUAAUGUACCAGUGAGAGAAAUUAAUUAUGUAAUUAAUGGGGGUGAUUUCGUUUUUCCCCAGAUUCUUUCUCUUUUCCAAUGUGGUGAGAGACCCCAAAUUACAAGAUUAAAAAAAAUAAAAAACCAGUUUAAUUAAUACUUGCCAAUGAUUGGAAAUAAAAUUGGCCAAUCAUAAAGGGGGUGUCAAAAAUCACUACCCCUUUAGGAGUUAGCAUAGUAUCCUACCAGACAGAUGCAGUUUCAGAACACACACAGCUUCAUUUAUUCACUACCGUAUCAGUAUCUACCGGAGAGCCACCAUGCUCCCAACCGUUACCCACCAUGGAUGGGUUUUGAGCAAUAAAUUCUCUACCAUACUUCUUCUACAACCUUCCUUGGGCCUGUCAGUCUGCCACGUUUUAUACUUCCUUCCACAGACUGAACAGUCUGCAUGUCGGUAUAGCAGAAAAAGGAAGAAACUUUAGUAUUCAGUAUUUAGCAGAGACUUUCUAGAUUCUGGUCUCUGCAUCUUUUUUCACAACAUAGUCAUGGCGAGGUAUGAUGUGAAAACUCUGGGGAGUGAUUUGGAGGACAUGAGGGAUUACUUCAGAAGUGGGAAGACUAAAGAUUGGGAAUGGAGGAAUGCUCAGCUUAAAGGGUUGCUCUCAUUUCUCAAGCAAAAUGAGGCACAGAUCUUCCAGGCACUUAAGGAUGACCUGGGGAAGCCUCAAGUUGAGGCUUAUAGGGAUGAGAUUGGGACAUUAGUAAAGUCUGUGAGGUUUGCUGUGAAAGAACUUAAAGGGUGGAUGUCAAGUAAGGGGGCAAAGAUGCCAAAGGUUGCUCUGCUUACUUCUGGAGAGGUGGUUCCAGAACCACUUGGACUUGUCCUCAUUAUUUCAUCUUGGAAUUUCCCAUUUGGAGUGUCAUUGGAGCCAUUAAUAGGUGCAAUAGCAGCAGGGAACACAAUGGUUUUGAAGCCUUCUGAACUUGCUCCUGCAUGUGCUUCUGUUCUGGCUAAUGUACUUCCUACUUACCUUGACAAAAAAGGUGUCAGGAUCAUUCAAGGAGGACCAGAAGUUGGUGAAAAAUUACUGCAGCAAAAAUGGGACAAAAUCUUCUUUACUGGAAGUGUAAGAGUGGGCAAGCUUGUAAUGGCUGCUGCAGUGGAACAUUUAACACCAGUUGUUCUUGAGUUGGGAGGAAAGUGCCCUGCAGUUCUUGAUUCCUUGGCGCCAUGGCCAAUGAAGGUGGCCAUAAAUCGAAUACUCGUCUCCAAGUUUGGCACUUGUGGAGGUCAAGCCUGCAUAGCAGUUGACUAUGUUCUUGUGGAGAAAAGAUUAGCUUCCUCCUUGGUGGAGUUGAUCAAGGUGUUGGUCAAGGACAUGUUUGGAGAAAAACCAAGAGAGUCAAAUUCUCUUACCAGGAUUAUCAGCAAGCAACACUUCUCAAGAUUGAAGAGUCUUCUCAAUGAUCCAGAAGUCAAAGCCUCAGUUGUCUAUGGUGGCUCUAUGGACGAAGAACAUCUAUUCAUCGAGCCAACCAUAAUUCUAGACCCUCCACUUAACUCCCAGAUCAUGACAGAAGAAGUCUUUGGCCCAUUGCUUCCCAUCAUUACAUUGGAGAAGAUUGAAGACAGCAUCAACUUCAUAAAUGCAAGGCCAAAGCCGCUAGCUUUAUAUGCCUUCACAAAAAACCAGUCCUUUAGUAAAAGAAUCCUUUCUGAGACAUCAUCUGGAAGUGUGGUUUUCAAUGAUGCUAACAUCCAGUAUUGUGCAGAUACCUUGCCGUUUGGAGGUAUUGGAGAGAGUGGGAUAGGGAGCUACCAUGGGAAGUACUCGUUUGACACUUUUAGCCAUUACAAGGCAAUUCUGAGGAGAAGCUACUUCACUGAUUUUUGGUACAGAUUUCCUCCAUGGAACUAUCGCAAGUUGCUGCUGUUUGAAGCCACUUACCACUUUGAUUACAUAACGCUGCUUUUGGUCAUUUUGGGCCUCAAGAGGUCCAGAUAUAGAUGCUAGCUUAGCCCAAAUCCCAUCACACUAUCAAAUAUCAAUACAACUACUUUAGUACUUUAUAAUAAUCUUUCGAAAUUUCGUCCGCAAUAUUUGUAAUAUAUUAAUUACUGUUGUACCGCAGUUUAAUCUUGUUAGGUAAAUGUGUAUCUGAUGAUUGAAGGCGUUAUAUAAAAUUUAUCGUUUUUCUGCUUCUUAUGAUUAUGUACAUACGUAAAAUACAUCAAUUGUAACAAUCGUAAAUACUAGACUGAGCACUUAAAGAGACAUGUUUUGAUUACUUUGGAGCAUGGGAACGGUGGUAACAAAUAUGGGUAAUCCCG